AUGCCUCGCCCCGCGCCCCGCCUGUGGCUCGCGCUGCACGUCCUGGGCUCGUGCGCCGCCAUCGGCUCGGUGGACUUGGAGCGCGCGAGUGACGGCCAGUGCCAGCCCAUCGAGAUCCCCAUGUGCAAGGACAUCGGCUACAACCGCACGCGCAUGCCGAACCUGAUGGGCCACGAGAACCAGCGCGAGGCGGCCAUCCGGCUGCACGAGUUCGCGCCGCUGGUGGAGUACGGCUGCCACGGCCACCUGCGCUUCUUCCUGUGCUCGCUCUACGCGCCCAUGUGCACCGAGCAGGUCUCCGCGCCCAUCCCCGCCUGUCGCGUCAUGUGCGAGCAGGCCCGGCUGAAGUGCGCGCCCAUCAUGGAGCAGUUCCACUUCAGGUGGCCCGACUCGCUGGACUGCGGCCGGCUCCCGAGCCAGAAUGACCCCAACUACCUGUGCAUGGAGGCUCCCAGCAAUGGCUCGGACGAGCCCACUCGUGGUGCCGGCCUCUUCCCGCCGCUCUUCCGGCCGCAGCGGCCCCCCGGCGCGCACGAGCACCCGGCUCAGGACGGGGCCCCGGGGCGCGUGGGCUGUGACAACCCGGGCAAGUUCCACCACGUGGAGAAGAGCGCGUCGUGCGCGCCGCUCUGCAUGCCCGGCGUGGACGUGUACUGGAGCCGCGCAGACAAGCGCUUCGCCGUGGUCUGGCUGGCCGUGUGGUCUCUGCUCUGCUUCUUCUCCAGCUCCUUCACCGUGCUCACCUUCCUCAUCGACCCCGCGCGCUUCAGGUACCCCGAGCGCCCCAUCAUCUUCCUGUCCAUGUGCUACUGCGUGUACUCCGUGGGCUACAUCAUCCGCCUCUUCGCGGGCGCGGAGAGUAUCGCCUGCGACCGGGACAGCGGCCAGCUGUACGUCAUCCAGGAGGGGCUGGAGAGCACGGGCUGCACGCUGGUCUUCCUAGUGCUCUACUACUUCGGCAUGGCCAGCUCGCUCUGGUGGGUGGUCCUCACGCUCACCUGGUUCCUGGCCGCCGGCAGGAAGUGGGGCCACGAGGCCAUCGAGGCCAGUAGCAGCUACUUCCACCUGGCGGCGUGGGCCAUCCCCGCUGUAAAGACCAUCCUCAUCCUGCUGAUGCGCAGGGUGGCGGGUGACGAGCUCACGGGCGUGUGCUACGUGGGCAGCAUGGACAUGAAUGCCCUCGCGGGCUUCGUGCUGGUGCCGCUGGUCUGCUACCUGGUCAUCGGCACAUCCUUCAUUCUGUCGGGCUUCGUGGCCCUGUUCCACAUCCGCAGGGUGAUGAAGACGGGCGGGGAGAACACGGACAAGCUGGAGAAGCUCAUGGUGCGCAUCGGGGUGUUCUCCGUGCUGUACACUGUGCCGGCCACCUGUGUGAUUGCCUGCUACUUCUACGAGUGCCUCAACAUGGAGCACUGGAAAGCGCUGGCAGCGCAGCACAGGUGCCGCGUGGACAGCCAGACCAAGACGCUGGACUGCCUGCUGGCCACCUCCAUCCCCACGGUGGAGAUCUUCAUGGUCAAGGCUUCCAUGCUGCUGGUGGUGGGCAUCACCAGCGGGGUGUGGAUCUGGACCUCCAAGACCCUGCAGUCCUGGCAGCAGGUAUGCAGCCGCAGGCUGAAGAGGGAGAGCCGCAGGAAACCCGCCAGCAUCAUCGCCAGCGGGGGUAUUUACCAGAAAGCCCAGCACCCCCAAAAGCCGCACCUGGGGAAGUUCGAGCUCCCCGUACAACCGCCCGUCUGCGUGUGAGGGGAGAGGGCAGGGAUGGGGCAGGCGGAGCCCACGCUGAGGACUUGGCUUGUUUUUUAAAAAUAAAAGUUUAAAAACAUAUAAAGAAAUAAAAAUUGUUCACCCUGACAUUCAGGAUGCCGCGGUGGUCGGAAAGCAAGAAGUGUACUUGCAAGGUUUUGUUUUGCUUGGUUUUCAGGGCUGGGGCUCCUCAUCCACGGCCUCCUGUAGCUCAUUUGGGGUGAACUGUGGGAUCAGUUCGGAAGAGCCCUUUCCAGACUGUCGCCAGUGUGCAUCGGUGUGCUGGGCGGCCUGGCGACCCAUGUACACAUGAGGCCCCAUAAGCGCUUCCCUUGGGGAAGCAGAGCCUUCCCACCCCCACCCCCGGGGCUGCUGUUUGUCACAGUGCGCAGGGACCGAAGGGGCCCUGGGAGCCUUCACACUCCAGUGACUCAGGCCCGGCCCGUAGAACAGACUCCAGCCUUGCACCAGGCCUCUCUCCGAGCUGGAAACCUCCCCUGAACCUCACAUCUGUGGCCCUGAAAGAUGUGCAAUACAUUUUUCUUCUCUUUCUGUGAAAAUAAGAGAAACAAGUAUUUUGCUGUAUGUAAGGACAACAAAAGAACUCUCCUAACAAAAGAACUGAGAGGCCCGUCCUCAGAAACCCUUUAGCGUUACAUUUUGUGGCUUUUAAUGGAAACCAAGCCAGUAUUCUACAUGUUUGGACUGAUUUGUGGAAAGGAGGGAAAGGGGAGAAGGAUCAUUCAGAAGUACCCAAAGGGCUUAUUGACUCUUGCUAUUGUUAAACAAAUGAUUUCCAUGAAUAGAUGAAGAAGCCCUAGGCCAGAAAGACAAACUUUGUCUAGCACAUUCUCUUCACCAGACCAGGAAGAGUGGCCCCGCCUGUGUAUAUUUGUAAUAUAUGAUAUUUUUCAUGCACCA